AUGGAACCUACUUUUCCGCUAUUUCGACUACCCGAGAAUGUCAUCUUAGAGGUGAUCAAGAAUUUAUGUGCAAGUCGAUUGCUCGAAUUCUCCCUAAUCUCAACAAAAACUAAGAAUAUCGUGGCAUCAUUAGGAAUCGAAGCAGAUUAUGUUCGUAUUCACAUUUCUCUUGAUGUUGACAUAACUGUGUAUUGUAGAUACUUCAAUACGAGGCUCACUUUUUAUAACGAUUCGGUUGAUCAAGAUGCAUUGAUUCAUUUAGACUCAAAUCAACCUAUUUCUGCUUAUUCUGUAUAUGAAAGGAGAACAGUUCAAUCAUCGACUCAAUUCAGUUUCAACAACUGGUUGGAUCACAUUAAGACUGUAUUCUGUUAUAAUAAACCACCAAAUGUGGUUUUCUCGGCGGGAAGUAGGCAAUUUGAGAUGGAAUCGUUGAAAAAUGCGAUUAAAAGCCUCAAUCAGCUUGUCUUAGCUGGAGGCAAUACUGAAUUUCGGAGCAGGGAAAUUUUGGAACAUUUCAAAAAUGCCAACGAACUAAUUCUAGGAAGGAAUCCAUUUGAAGAAGCUUGUGAAGUUCAAAAAUACUUCAUUCAAAACUUCGAUAAUCUCGUAUUUCGUGAUUUUGUCUCACUUGAUGAUAUGUUAUUGGUUAACAGUGAGAAAGUCGAAUUCUCCCGUUUAAUGUCUCAAAAACAGUUCAAUCAAUUUCUCAAACAUUGGAUUCGUGGAUCUAAUCCAAGACUUCAGUACAUGAAAUUAUUCAUCGAUACAACUGAUUUAGUCAGCAGAGAAAUGUACUUGAAAGGAAUCGAAUGCAUGGAAAUGAGUGAAGAGUCGAAGAAAGAAAUCCGUCAAAAACACGGAAUUUCUGAUAUCAAAAUGGUUAAGAUCAGACGGAAAGAAGGGACAACUGCAGUGAUUGCGACGAAGGACUAUGGAACUUUUCUUUUCAUUCGUUUUUAUGUUUUAUUUCCAAUAUUUUCUUGCUAUUGCGGAGCCGCCGAGUCAUUCAUCGGAUGCAUCAAGGACUUCUUCACCACCGAAUGCAAUGGAUACGUCGGAUGGAUGCAAUGCGAGUUGGAGAGAAUCGGAUUCGCCUAUGAUUGCUAUGGACUUUCGUGUUAA